AUGACAUCGGUCAAGGACCAAGAAGUUAUGCUUUUAAUAAGCGACAGAAAGGAUGACAGGGAUUUCAAAACAAGAAAAGUCAUUAUUGUUCUGGUAAUUUGUUUGAUAUUCAUUAUAACUGAUUUAUUUAUUAUUCGAUCGCAUUUACACCAAAUCUCUAGCAGAAAUCAAGAUACUAACUCAAUCAGCGCCUUAUUAAAUAAACAAGGAGUUACAUUUGUUAAAGUUUCAUAUAUUUUUGACACUUAUGCAGUUUUCGCAUUUGCCCAGUUGAAUACAAACGGAAGUCUACAAUUUGAAAGUGCAAUUUCAAAGCAAAAGUUUCUGAACUUGAACCGAAAGUCGAAACACAUAAACAAUAAUGUUAAUCGAAUAUUAUCUAUUGGAGGAACCAACUAUUCAGAGAAAUUGUCAAUAAUGUUGCAAGAUUUGAAAAAGACGAGACGUUUCAUAAUGUCAAUAAUCCGGUUUCUUAAAGACAAUGAACUUGAUGGAGUUGAAUUGCUGUGGAAUAGAAACACUGAGGAAACCCUUUAUUGCGAAUUAUUACAACAUUUGAAAAUGGGCCUUGAAAAACAAGAAAAGCAAUAUUCAAUAUCCCUACGAGUCCCCCAAACUGGAAUUGGAAAAUGGCACAUAGGGUGUGAGCUAGAAGAUCAAGAAAAUGCCGAUUCUAUUAACUUGAUCUCAAUGGCUGAAUAUGAAAAUCAGUUAUUUGGAUCAGGCGGUGUCAUACGCAUAAGUGAAGCUUUUAAUACUGCGUGGGAAAUGAAAUACCAUGCUUGUAACUCCAAUCAGUCAAGUAAAUUUAAUCUCGUCAUUCCCACAAUUGAGCAAACGGAGCAGAUUGAUAUGCAAUAUGUAUGGAACCCCGAGAAAAAAGAAAUUCAAAGAUUUAACAGUUCUACAAAAACCGAAUACACAAAACUACAAAUGGGAGGAGUAUCGAUAUGGUCACGUGACAUGGAUUAUCAUAAUAAUAUCCAGCUAGACUCGUAUUUCUUUGAAAGAAUAUGUUCUCAAGAGCUUGGAAAAUGA